GCCUUUCGCCUCUGACGGGUCUUAUCAGAACUAAUUCGCUUACGAUCCCACUGCAGACUAACUGGACAAUUCACCAUAGUAUUGAUCAGAUGUGGUUGAGAAUCCACCGAACAUGCUGUAUCGUCCAUGAUGUCUUCCGGGCAUUAGUGCCCCAACCUCAUGAGCGUAUACCACUUUCCAAAUUCCAUAUCCCAUACUUACUAUUCCCCUUCAUGCUACUAAUUUACAUGGGAUACCUUGCGAGACGGCCCGACACGUUUACCUUACGUCUUCUACUCCUCCCAUUGGUGGUCGCAGUUACCGUCGGGACUUACUUUCGUUUCAUGUGGACAGAGCCACAUCUCAACUUUUAUAACUGUGUACAGGCUCUAAUCGCAGAAAUCAUGAGUGCCAAGGCAAUAGAUUUCGCAUGGAGGAAAGAGGGGAUGCUCAAGAUUGAUGAGAUUCGGCCAGGUGUCGCAAGAAAUUCCGACGCUGUCAAAGCCAAUGGUGAUGCACAUCCCAGUAUCUCGUCAGACCCAGCUAGCCCUGCGCUUGCUUGGCUACAUGACGCUCUGGAAGUAAUUCUCUCUCACCGGGGCCUGGGUUGGACAUUCGGCGCCGGGGUUUAUGUGCCUCGCGAGGAGAGAUCUCUCGAACGGAAUUCAUUCCUGUUCGCGACGUUUAUAUCAUCUGUCAAAAGCUACCUGAUCUUCGACCUCCUCGUGUCUUUUAUCGAGAUAGUACCUGACGUUGGCACUCCCCACGGCGGCACGAUAUUCAAGGCGGAACUACCCUUCCUCUAUAGAUACGCACUUUCUACAUCCAUCCACGUUUCAACUGGCGCUUGCGUUUUAGCAGCCUUCAAACUGUGUUACGAUCUCAUCACGAUCUCUGCGGUUAUGCUGGGAAGCUCUCCGUCUGCAUGGCCUCCCGUGAUAGACCGUCCUUGGCAGUCUGACUCCCUUCAUGUCUUUUGGUCCAAGCGUUGGCACCAAAUUCUUCGAGAAACCUUCUUUGUUUUUGGAGGAUUCUUUGGCAGGAUUGUCGCAGGAAACUUCGGAUUGCUGUUUGGGACAUUCAUUGGGUCUGGAUUAUUCCACGAAUUCGCUGCGUAUGGACUUGGGAGGGGUUUUGAUAUCACCACUCCGCUAUUUUUCGCGCUACAGGCCCCUCUGCUACUUUGUGAACGCGGCUGGUACAAGUAUACAGGAUACCGUGUUGGUGGAUUAUAUGGGAGGUUAUGGGUCUAUUUGUGUAUCAUCAUACUUGGGCAGCCUUUGUCGGACUCUUGGUAUCGGAGAGGUCUCGGUGGGGGGCUCGUGGUUCCUCCUUCAUUAAGUCCUACCCACCAGUUUAUCAUACCAUCCAUUCGUCAUUUCCUCAAUGGCACAAGUACCGAUAUACUAGAAUGCAUAGUUGGGUCCUCAUAGUCAAUAUUGCAUUUGGUAUCAAGAAGAUGUAUUCGCCGUACGUAUUUCACUUUACACGCAUGAUCACCCUUUGCUACAUGUUCUGUAGUACCCGUUCACUUUUCGUUCACCGUUCCAACAGCAUUCUUUAUUCCGUCCCCUAGAUCUAGAACGAACUCUCCUCAGUCUCUCAAUUCGAA